CUGACUCAUGCAACAGUUAGUAGUUAAGAGAUUCAUCAACUUCUCCCAAACUAUAUAUAUAUAUAUAGUGCUACAACCAAUGUUUUGAACCAUCAACGAAAACGUAAUUAUUUCUCAGUUAGCUUCACAAUAUAGCAAUCCUCUUCAAAAUCAAGUCACAAAUGAAGAACUUACUCGGUGGAAAUGUUGUUGGUGUUCCCAUGAAUUCAGCAGUAUGCUCGCAUGAAAGGCAGCCAAAAAGACUAUUGGCCAUAUCUGCUCGUGAAGACCAUAUUGUUCCAUAUGCAACUUCAAAGAACUUAUCGCAAAUAAAGCAAAGAAAAUCAGUCAUCGGUAAGAUCAACAAAUUAGGAGAAAGGAUGGACUGUCUUGCCCAAGGCAUCCGUGAUCAUGUGAGUCUUAGCCCGAAGCUAACGGAAACUGUGAAGGGAAAAUUGAGCCUUGGAGCAAAAAUUCUUCAAGUAGGAGGGUUGGAGAAGAUAUUCAAGCAGAAGUUUAGUGUUAGAGAAGAUGAAAAGCUGUUGAAGGUUUCUCAAUGCUAUUUAUCAACUACAGCUGGUCCAAUGGCGGGCCUUCUCUUCAUCUCUACUGAUAAAAUUGCCUUUUUCAGUGAGAGAUCAAUAAAGCUCUUAUCUCCAACCGGAAAAUCACUCAGAAUUCGUUAUAAGGUAUCGAUCCCAAUAAGUAAGAUAAAGAAAGCAAAAGAGAGUGAAAAUACGGAGAAGCCAUCAAAGAAGUAUAUAAAGUUAGUUACAGAGGACGAUUUUGAGUUCUGGUUUAUGGGGUUCCUUAAUCAUCACAAGACACUGAGAUAUCUGCAGCAAGCAAUUUCAACUUUCAAGAACUUCAACCAGCUAAGAAGAUGACUUUUCUUCAUUUUGUUUCCUAAUACAUCAUUCAUCAAUGUAAAAUGUUGAUGCAUAAACAAAUUUACAGAUCUGUUCAAACUUGUAUCUAGCUCCAUUGCUCAAAGGAGGUUUUAGGUUUUUUAGGCUUUGAACCUCAGUCACUAAUACGAAUGUAUAGACUUGCUGGAAAAUCAAUGCAAACUAAUUCAUCUUU